AUGGCAGAGGAUUAUCAAACAACUAACAAUGUUAUGGAAUUAGACUUGACUAAUAUGUUGGUGAAGGACUUGAAUGAACUCUUAAACCUAAAUGGUAAAAAAAUGAAGAUUCUGAUCUCCCAUCUUUACCCCCCUAAUACAAUAGACGGAGAUGCAAUUCCAAGUCUCAUAAAAGAGGAGUUAGCGGUCGAUAUCCCCAAUGAAGAUAUUGAAUCUGUUGCUAAGUUAAAUAAUUAUCAAAUGAUUGCAUUCAAAACCAUUAUGAAUGUAAUUAUUCAAAAACACAAUGGGGUUUUUUUUGUUGAUGCAACUGCAUCAUCUCGUAUAGCUGCAACAUUAUUUCCCGGUGGUAGGACUGCACACUCUCGAUUUAAGAUACCUAUUGAUAUACAAUUGAGUUCUAUUUAUGGUAUUCAAAAGCAAAAAGAUCUUGCAAAUCUCAUUAGAUUUGUUGCCACAAUAAUUUGGGAUGAAACACCAAUGACAAACAAAAAAAGUUUGGAAGCCUUAGAUCGAUCAUUCCAAGACAUUUGUAGCAAUAGUGCUCCAUUUGGUGGAAAAGUUCUGAUCAUGGGGGGAGAUUUUGGUCAAGUUCUUCCCGUUGUAAGAAAAGAGUUUGAAGAAUGUCUUAUUCGCAUUGGUGAUGGUGUUGAACCUACCAAACCAGAUGACAUGGUGAGGUUACCUUCAUAG